CAGGUGCAUGCAAAAAAGCAACGCCUGUAGGACUAUGAGCUCCUAGUUUACAACAAAUCCUUGAAAUGCUGAAAAGAGGGAAAGGAGCAGGGGAAAAGGAGACACCGCCAAGCAUGUCACGGCAAAUUUCAACAACUAAAGCCUUCAAGCGGUCAGGAAUCAGAGACGCUUAUUGCAGUAGCAGUCAUACUACACGAUUUUCCAAAAAAAUAUCAGACAUCAAUUGAUGUUUGUUGCAGGUCACAGGAUCACUAAAUAGGUGGUCGGUGCAUUGUCACACAAAACUCUGAAAUAAUCACACAGUGUGAACACCGCUUUAAGUACUCCAAGUACACAUCAAAGUACUCCUCUGGAUGGCUCAAAAAACAAAAUGAAGGUUAGAAGUGGCCUGGUCAACGUCUCAACUUAAAUCCAAUUGUAGUCCUGUGGCAUGAAACAGGCUUGAAAACCCUCUACUGUGGCUGCAUAAAAAAAAAAAAAAAACAUUACCUCCACAAUUCUUUAUAAUACAGAUCUUUUUUUCCCUCAAUAAAUAAAAUCUCAAUUUUGUUUUUGAUAGUAAAAUUUAUCUGAAUAUUUGGCACAAAGCAGAAGAAGUCUGUAACGGAGCAAUACUCUGCCGUGGACUACAUGCUGCAGUCAGGAAUGCUACCCUGUGAAGGGUGGAAAACAACAAUGGCAAAGGGGGAGGAGAGAGAAUGACAGAGAAAGAAGCUGGGAGGAAGCAGGAGAACAAGGACAGGAAGUCAAACCAGUGGAGCAGGUAUGCGUCACUGUACGCAAUCCAUCAUGCAAAGCUGAUGGAAAGAGAAGAGCGACAGAGAGAGAGAGGAGUUAGGUGCUGAUGUCACCACUGACUGCUGUCCACUUUGUGCACCAAAUACGAUGGACGCAUUUUGUGAAGGUACUGAAAGUUUGUCACUGAACCUGAGGUCAGAAAUUCAAAACAUCUGGGGAAAGGAAAUCUAGAAGAGGAACCAAAGAAGAUUAUCUAAUUGUGAACCAGAAUUAGGGAUGCAUCAGGAGUACAUCAGUUUUGAAUUGAGGUUUUUCUUUUUCUGCAACAGCCCUUCAAAAGGACUAUAAGUGGAUGAAGCUUUUCACCCUGAACUGUAAAGACCGGAAUCUGAUAAACAUCAAUAUCUACUUUUCUCUUUUUGGGAACAAUUAAAGAAAAGAUCAUUUCCUUUUUUUACUGUCAGACAAUGGACUUGCUUCCUCCUUCAACAAGUGAAAACAUCCCAGUGAGGAGUGGUGCACACUUCACAGUCCGUUCAGCUAACUCUCCCUUAUACAAUUUCACUCGCAGACCAGGUGUAAGGAAAAAACUGACUGCUGGCAAUGUUGAAGGCACCAGUGGUACAAACAAAAAGGAGGAUAUGGGUAUUGUCAACCAGACAGAGUUAAACCAGAAUGGCACAUCGGAGAGAAAACACCCAGAGAAUGAAACUGAUGUUGGAACCCCAGCACUCAAUAACCAAAGGAGGACAGAGGGGAGGGGAUGCAACCUGCCAAGCACAAAUGUGCGUUUGGACUGGAGAUUGGGGGCAAGAAGCCCUCCUCGGAGUACCAGACCUUGCGAAACGAAAUUGUUCGGUAAAAGAGAAGCUGGAGGUUUCGAGGAACAAAGUAUAAAAAUUCAGAAAAACAUGUCGAGAACGUUGACUUCUUUAAAGGGUUUCAACUCUGCAGAUCCAAGUUAUAUUGAAAACAAUUGCUCAGUAAAACAAGGAUACUUUUUGGACAGAGUCAGUAAGGUCAAAUCACUUCCUAUCCGAUUUAAGACUGAGUCUGGGCCCGACUUGAGGUUCACAGAUUCUUUGUUGGGGCCCCAAGGUGAACAGAGCAUCCAAGAGCGGAUACAGCUUUUUGAGUCUGCUGGUGAGGUGACAGCUGGAGGAACUUUUCCCAGGCGGUUCUCAUCAGGUGAAGACUACAGUCCGGUGCGAAAAACGUUGCCAUCCAUUUGGGCUCAAAAAGAAACCAACCCUACAAGGUCGGAGACUUUAUCUUCUUCUAAGUCAGUCAAGCUUAAAGAAAGAUCAGCAGGAACACAGAGACAAGGACAGUUCAGCAGCAAGUAUUUAGAAGAUGAUAAGUGGGUGAGGGAUGCAAUGGUAAUGGGCACAAAGUCCUUGGACAGAGUCAGGAGCAGGAACACAGUAGCUGCUCGAAUUCAGUCUGCCAGGACUGUAGCAGGUAUGGCAGAGCCCCAAGCAUUUGUAGGAGAUACUUUAUCCAUUUUUCAACAGAGAAGAGCAAGCAUAAACCAAGAAGAAAGCAGAGAAAACAUGGCUGAAAGAAUUAAAGUGCAGAAAAGCAACAAAGAAAGAUAUGAAAAAACAAAACAACAAACUGAACUGAAAAUUGGAAUUACAGAAGGAGAUGUGUUUGAUACAAAUUCACAGAAGGGUAGGCUGCAAUCACCAGAGAGGAAUAAGCUUCCAGAGAUUCCUUCCGUCCCCUCUUCAGCCAGCGUGAGAAAUAAGAUCAGUCAGUUUGAAGCCCUGACACAAAAAGCAACAAGCCAAGUCCAUAUCCCGAGACGGACCUUUUCUGUACCGGCAAAGCUCAACAAAGCCCAAGAGGGAGAGAAAAGGGAUAGGUUUGCAAAAUAUGUUGACGAGGGAAGCAAUAAGUGGGAGAUAAAGACAUAUGAAAGCAUUGAAAAGACAAAGAGGUCUUUAUCAGUGGACGAGGUUGGAAUCAGAUUUGACAAGUCAGAGACAGAUGGAAGUAAUUUCUUAGACAAGAGCAAAAAUUACUUGUCCAAGGAUUUAGGGAAAUAUUCCAACCUCAAGACAACUCUACACAUCCCUCUUAAUGAAGGAGCUCAAAGGUGCAGUAGAUUGUCUUGCUUUGAUGAGACAGAUUUUGUCAAACAUUCAAGCCCCAAGGACUCAAACAUGAAAGAUAUGACAACCAACACUGUGACUUCUGACAUGCACCCAAGGCCCCAGUGUGAAAUUUCUUCACCAGUUAGUGAUGAUGACAAGACCCCAACAAACACUCCUCUAAACACCUCUCCUUUUCUUUCACCUGUCAAAGAACCAGAGGAUAUCUUUGUUGUUGCAGGUAACACUGUCACUGGACAAGAAGACAAAACAAAAAAUACAGACUCUACUCUUCUCCCUUCCACAACUCUCUCCCAGAGCAGCGAGUCAGACGUCUUCAUUACACACACAAAGAAAACAGAAGAUAAGGACUCUCCACAUCUUCGUCCUAACACUUCUUCCCAUAACAACUUGUCGGAUGUCUUCUAUCCAGAUGUCAAGCCAAAAUUACAGAAAGGAAGGAAGCAGCUGUUGGACCUGAACGAGUGGAUAGCUCACAUAAACCCAGAGUUUAAAUCCUGGAAUGAAUACAUGGGGGAGUAUGAGGAUGAUGAUGAAAGGACGCAGAAGGAUGACGAUUCAAACUAUGACUCAGACUCUGGGGAUUCCUCUAUGACCAUAACCAGUAACAUGAGCCAGUCAGAACACAAGAGUUUCAGUCUCAGUCUUUCAGACUUGUGCAACUUCUCUGGUGCGGACUACGAAUCAGUUGAGGGCGAUGAUCGGCAGCUGGGGGGCCGACGAUCUGCCUCAUUAAGCUCAGAUGUUUCAGGCUUUUCCUGUGUCUCUCUGCUCCCCACCGAGGAGCUAGACAAGCUGGUAGAGGACGUCAAGAACCUGGGGGACGAAGCCUUGCAGGACUACAAUGAUGUGCAGGUGGUGGUUCUGCAUAAGGAGGUGGGUGCAGGACUAGGUUUUAGUCUGGCGGGAGGAGUAGACCAAAACAAACCUAUCACUGUCCACAAGGUUUUUGACUCAGGUGUUGCAGCCCAGGAGGGCUCCAUUAUGGAGGGAGACCACGUUUUGUCUAUCAACGGCACUGCCCUGUCAGAAAGUGCUCACUGGGAGGCUCUGAGGACCCUCAGAAAGGCGAAGGCUCAAGAGACAGUAGUGGUGGUGUUGAGGAAAGGUGACCUCAGUGGUGCCUCAAAGGUGGGAGUGCAGGAAAAUUAUGACACAGAAACAAGAACUCAGUAUGAGACAGGGCAGCGUGUGUGCGUCCAACUACAGAAGAACAGCAGGGAUCUUGGUUUUAGCCUUCAGGGAGGUGUAGGAUCCAGUGAAGGGAACAGACCUCUCACCGUGCAGAAAAUCUUCCAGGGUGGUCCUGUUGACAGGGUGUUCCCUGGUGAUGAGAUUUUAGGAAUUCAAGGCAUUCGUGUGGUUGGGAUGAGACGUCUGGAGGUGUGGACUUUCAUCAAAACUCUUGCCUCAGGGCCUGUGGAGGUGGAGCUGCGACGACCGGAUGCUUCACCUGGUGUGCAAUUCAGAGAAUGCAGAUCAACCAGAAACUGAAGGCUGCUCUUGAAGGCAUCAGUUUCUGCCGUAGAAAAUAACUUUAAAAAUAAACAUUGUGGGGCGCGGCACGUGGGAUAGUGGCAAGGCGCGGUGUGUGGCUCCAGUGUUAAAGUGCACAACCUGAAGGUUUUAGCUCUCAACGCAGCUGUCCCUGGUUCGAAUCCGGUGACUUGUGUGGAAUGUCCCCCCCCCCCCCCCUCUUUACCCCACUUCUUGUCCACCUAUUUAUAACAAAUUAAAAAAAUAAAGACCAGUCGUGCCACAAUAAAAUUAAAAAAGAAAUAAACCUUGUUCAGUAAUGACAGGGUGCUCAAAGGAAGCCUAAAAACCAGGUCAAAGGUCUACAUUUUUCCCAUUUUAUCUCUUUACGUAACAGGAUCAUAUCUACCUCAAGGCCUGGGAUGCUGAACUAAAUUGUUUGAAUGUGUUACACAUUUAUAAAGUUAACCAACAUUUAAAACUAAAAAUUUGUAAAUAUGUAAAAAAUUAUAAAACCAUGACACAUAGUGUAUUUUAUUGUGAAUAACUGAUUUUACUUUUGAUAUGUCUUCUUAAUAAAUCAGAACAAUCUCAUUAAAUGGAGUACCUUUACUUUUCAUAGAGAGAGAGAAAGAUUAACAUCCUGUUUUAUUUUUUAUUAUCUCAUUGUUCUAAAUACAACUAAAAUGUGUUCUUGAAAUAUUUCCUCUAAUUGACAUUUUAUAUUUUUUUAAUGGUUUCUUAGAUGUGACAGAUAAUUAUUUAAUAAAAAAAACAUACCUUAUAUUUUUAUACUGUACAUUUUUGCAGUAUUCUUGCCACUUUCCUAAAUACUGCGCCUCAGUUGCUGCCACUUUAAUGCCUGAUGGUUCCGCUUAUUAAACAAAAACUGUGUAAGGCAGAGGCUCAGUCUUUAUUUUCAGUUGUGUCAAAUUUGUAUGGCCAAGAAAUGUUAAGACAGAGAUAAAAUAAAAUAAAAAGUAAGGAAAAACUAAAUUAUUUUUCUGUUAAUACAAAAAUAAUAGAGACAUCAUUAAUAAGUACAAUUUGAGUUAAAAAAGCCCAAACUGUAAAUCAAUAUUUCAUGAAUAGUACGUGUACACUCUAUUUACUAAUAAAUUAACAAUAAAUUACCUUAAAAAGAAAGAAAAGACAAUAAAUGACCUCAUAUAAACCAUAUUUACUUAAAACAGAACUUCAUCAGGACUUUAUAUGGACUUCCUCUUAUAAUAAAGCCAAGAUAACAGUAUCUAACAGUCGGAGUGCUUAGCCGCAAAAUGCAGCACCGUGUUUGUUAAACAAACAAAAUAAGCAAGUCAAGAGACACUAUCAGCUAUAGAAAUAAAUAGCAAAAUAAAGAACCUGGAAGUAAUUAAUGCUGUUUUAACUGUCGUCAUGUGGCCAGUAUACAGUGGAUUUGUGCCAAAAACACACAUGCAACUCCAUAAAUGAAAAUAUCAUUGAAAACUUGAUUGAUAAUGAUUACAGUAAUUUAAUUCAAAAAGAGAGCCGCUAUAUAGGUGCCUUACAAUCACAGUUAUAUUUCAUGUGUCUGUUCUGGCUUACAGCUAAUGAAAACCCAACAUUAGGAUUAUCAGAUAAUAGCAAUCUUACAUAACAUCAAGAAAAGAAGCAUUGUCUAAUAAACAAAUGUUAUUGGAACGGUCAGUGCAUUGAAAAAGAGUGGCAGAAAAAGGUGCAGGCUUGGGAGGUUUGUGAGGCAACGUCACAUCAAUAAUUCAGGAGAAGAGUGAACAAUCUAAGCUGCUGGAGUUCCAGUGUGAGGUUUCAACAUUCAGUGAUGAUUUGGGGAGCCAAGUCUUCUGCUGAUGUUGGUCUACAGUGUUUUAUGAAGUUCAAAGUCAGUACAGCCAUUGAUAAGGACAUUCUAGAGCACUUGGCCUUGGCAAGAUGCUGUUUAAUUUUCCUGACCACACUGUGAAAAGUAUCAAUAUCUGCUACAAAUAUUGUGUGCCUAAUAGCAGAGUGUAACAUUGUAUUUAGGGUAAAUAUGACCCAAGGGAAGCAUACAGCGUACAGAGUGAAUAAAAUUUAUGUGCUAUACCAAA